ACAUUUGUUUUCUUUGGCGUAAAUUCUUCCUAAUCUAAAAACAGUUUUUAACGUUAACCUGUUUUUUUCUAUAUAAUUGGUGGCUUAGGUUACCACAUUAUCACCCUUUUAGCUAUAAACUAUAUUUUUUCAUUAUAAUUAAAAUUCUUAAUUUAUAAUUAGCGCCGUUAGCUAAUUCAACCUAACAUGAAGGAGGAGCAUUUAGUCGACAAUAUUGACAGUCUUGUUUUUCAGUUUGCUGUUAAAACUCGAGAGGCUUCUCAAAAGAAGAAUGGAAUCCAAAAGCAAAUCAAAGAGUGCAGAGCUCUCAUCACUGAGAAGAGGUCUUACACUGAAGCAAUUCAAGGAUACAUCAAGAAUCUUGAAGAAGAAAUUCGAGUGAAGCAGAGCACUGUAACGAAGAAUAAAGAAAAAGCAAAAAGCAUGAAGGUGACCAACAGCCUGCUUCUUCAGUAUGAACAGACGCUGAAAACAGAACUGGAAAGUAGGAAAAGCAACUACGACCAUGACCAGAAAGUCUACGAAGAGAGGUUGGCUAGCUACCUACAGACACUGCAGUCAUACAAAGAAAGAUAUUUCCAAAAUCCCAUCGCUCAGAAGCUCCUCCAGCUGCAGGCUGAGAUAGAGAAAAUUGAGAGUCGAAUCAAACACUGUGAUGAUUGCAUGAUGAUGAAAAAGAAAGAACUGGAAUAUUUUACUGAUCCAGAUGUGACUUCUUAUUCCAUGGAAAAACUACCAGAUGGUGUUUUAGGCGAGCAUCACACAACAGAAGAACAGUCCGAACAGACGAAGGAGGAUUGCUCCAUUGACAUGUCAUACAUUGAUCUCAACCAAGCAGCUAGUGACCAUGAACCUGCUGCAGAAGUAAACACUGAGGAGAUGAGUGAGGAAAAUGAACUGCCGGAUCCAACCAGCUGCUUCACUACCUCUGACAAAUCAAAUGAAGAGCUGUGGUCUCUGCAGCUGUCAGAUGAAUCAGGUCCACCAGAAGAAAUGCACUCUGAGGCAGAGGAACCAGAAAUUUCACAGGAGGAACAGGGAAAUCAGGAGCUUGAUGCAAAGAGUAAGGGUGAGGGAGAGACAGGAACAGACCAGCAGGUGCAGGUUCCCACUUUACCAGAGGAAGUCCAGAAGGAUAACUCGCAGGAUGAAGCAUCUGAUGCAGAGGACUAUCAGGAAGCCAAUCGUUUUCCUCAAACAUCUCAAGAAGCCAAUCUACAGGCUCUCUCUUCAGCAGAAACAUCCGUGUUCUCAACUCCAACAUUUGCAUUCAACUUCAGUCCCACCAGCUCUCCUCGUCAAGGAACUCCCGAUUCUAAAUCUUCAGCUUUUGUGCUCAAUCUGAACUCCAAUGUUAGCACACCCGGAUUUCCUGGAUUUGGAUUUGAUGUUGGCCCGUCCCAGGAAGAAGAAUCCUCUUUUGCUUUUUCUGGCUCUUUUUUCAACGACAAGAAAGCCACAGAUGCUAAAUCUUCAAGCACUACUGAGUUCCUGUUUGACCAACCAGAACAAAGUGAAGACUUCCAGUUUGCCUUUACAAGCAAGAGUCCUCAGUCAAGCAAGAAAAACUCCAAAGAUGAGUUUCCGUUUUCAUUCAACUUCUGAGAAAAGAAAAACCACACUGCAAUAUUUUGUGUAUGGAGUUCCUGUUUAUUUCCUUUUGUUGUUGAGUUGGCAGUGAUUUAAGUUCUUGAAUUCAACUGUUGAUAUAAAGGCGCAUUUGGGUUAAUCACACAACAAUGUAUACAUUAUAGCAUCAUACUUGGAUAUAUAUAUCUAUGUCAUUAAUAUAUACAGUACAGGUCAAAAGUUUGGACACAGUUUUGUCCAAACUUUUGGUCUGUACUGUACUUAAACACCUCAGAAGUUUAUAUUUCUUUAUAGAUUCCUCUCUUUAAAGUACAGUAGUUGUGAAGUUUACAUGUUUUACAUUGUAUAAAAGUGUUUGAUAGGUUCAUAAAAUUCUGUCAUUUUGAAUUAAUACUAGAUAUGUUGUUUCAGUCACACGACCACACAAGACACAUAAACAUGUAUAUAUAAAAAACAGAAAUUGAACAUCUUAAGAGUCCCUUGAGUUACAAUCACAUUAGCCACACAAAAUAUUCAGAUAAAACAAACAAAACUUAAAAUUUCUAAAUUUUUUAGGAUUAUUUCUUUCACUGAAGGCUCCUGCUUAUAUCUCUUAUGGCUCAGAAUGUAAGCAUAUUCUAUAUGUGGAUUUAAAAGCAAGAGAUUUAUACUGCAGCAUCUACAUUCAUUUGUUGUAAUGCAUGAUAUUCAAUAAAUGUUCUGGAAAACUUUG